AUGAAGUCACAGCAGCUUCCUCUGACCAUUCCUACCCACUGCGCAGAUAUGUUCGGUAAAAAUAAAGCGACGUUAAAUAAGACAUUCAAUGAAAACGGUUGCUACGAUGCUUUUAUGUCGCCACCAUUAAGUGCUAGUAUCAGAAAUGAACAAGAUGUCUUUCAGGCGCCAAAAGUAAAUUUCUCUGGGAGCGUAAACAAUACCAAUUUUACAUGCGCCGAAUUGCAGUUUCCGGACUUCUCGCACCCUUCCUUCACCAGCGACACGCCUAAUUCGGCUUUUAGUGACUACAAUAACUACACAGGGCCUGAACAGGAUAGGGAUGAUAUUGUGUGUGCUUCCUCAGAUCAAAGAGGCAUGCCCUAUCAGCAGGGUCAAUACACCCAGCUAAACCGUGAAGACGUCUUUCGCUUUGAGCCGGAGGAUAUUGCUCGACUAACAAGCGACAGCGGGAGCGCAUAUGCCGAGUUCGAUGGGUUAAUGCAGGUGCCACAAACCCCAUAUACACCUUGCAGUGCGCAAAUCACUCAAUUAGGGGUCCUGCCAACACAGGUGGAGCCAGCUGAAUCACUUAAUCAGGAUACAGAUUAUUUUAACUAUGACGAAGUUAAUUGCCAGUCAAAAAAUCAAUCACCGUGCUCUUCGCCACAUUUAGAUGCCUGGUUGAACUUCAACAUCUGUGAAUUAUCUUCGUCAGAGGCAGCUCAAGAAUCGUCACCAAAAUUAUGCAACAUUUACGAGCAACAGCUGUCGCAAGUGAAAGUAGAGCAAACGCAAAAGAAGUUGCCGUCAAUGAACUCAACUUUCGGUACACCAAAGUGCACACCCAUGUGCAAUAAUUAUGACGACUACUCCAAUCUGUACAACAGUGCGGAGACAAUACAAAGUGUUAUAUAUGACUAUUCAAAUGAAUUUGCGACCGACAAUUUUCAAAAUAAUAUUGCACAAAAUAAUAUUGAGAAACCAAACCGUGAACACAAAGUUAUUUGGACAAUUGAUGAACUGGAUGAACUGAACGCCGCGCUAAUCCUUGACGAGCAGCAGCCACAACAUCAGUUGAGCUCAGCAUCAGUAGUUGACAGGGCUAAUUUUUCAGGAGAACAUUUUCCAGUUUCAAGAGUUGAAACGUCAAACGCUAAUGACCAACUGCUAGCCGCUGGCGGCAGCGAUGACGACGACGAUGACAAGGAGGAGGAUGACAUAGACGAGGUGUUUGCCACGCCAGCCGAGAGCGAAAGGAGGCUCAACUACUCAGACUUAGUGGACGUUGAGACUGAGCAGCCCGUUUCGCUUAUCUGCCGCUGGACUGCUUGCAAUAUGGAGUUCGGCCACCAGCAUGUUUUUGUGGAGCACAUCGAAAAGUGUCACGUCGAUGUCCGCAAGGGAGAAGACUUCUCUUGUUUCUGGUUGAACUGCCCAAGACGGUACAAGCCGUUCAAUGCGCGCUACAAGCUCCUCAUACACAUGCGAGUGCAUAGCGGUGAGAAGCCCAAUAAGUGUCCGUUUCCGGGAUGCAAUAAAGCAUUUUCACGUUUGGAAAAUUUGAAAAUUCAUCAACGCUCGCACACAGGCGAGCGGCCUUAUGGCUGUCAAUAUAAAGGUUGCCUCAAAGCGUUCAGCAAUAGCUCGGAUCGUGCGAAACAUCAAAGAACACACUACGAUACGAAGCCAUAUGCUUGUCAGCUGCCGGGUUGCACCAAGCGUUACACGGACCCCUCAAGCCUUCGCAAGCAUGUAAAGAAUCACGGACUAAUGCGCCGCAAAUCUGCCAGUGGAUCGCUUACUCCAUCUAGCAAAAAGGCGGCCAAGACACGCCGUAACUCGGAAUCGGCUGUAUCCUUGAGGGAACCGUUGGGUUCAGGUGAGCAACGUCCGCAGCGCAGCAGUAGCUGCAGUGAGGCAUCGCAUCUGUUGCAAAAUGACGUACACAAUAAGGACAUACUUAUACAAAGGUUAACGGAAAUAGUAUCAACUCCGCCUACCGAAAACCGCAACCCCUGCAGUAAUGACAAUGUUGCAUCUAAUAACAAUUCAAUCAAAUUUAAUGAGUUGUCAAAUUGCAUUGUCAUUGCUGAGCAAAGCCAAUCUGGGACGACACCAACCACAGUAGCUGGCCGUGAAAGCCAGGCAAAUAGAUACAAUACCGCAGUUGAAACUGCAGCAGCGACAACAAAUGACGGCUUCAGCUAUUAUGGUAGCAAAGAGACAUCCAAUGGCUGA